AUGAACAAUUCUAUUUACCCUGAUGACCCAGUGUCAUCAAAAAGCGUUGGGGAAAUGCGCAAGGGAAUGAUCGGUAAUUGGAUCAAUACUAACACUCAAAAUCCUUCCACUAAUCAGGAUAUGUCCAAAGAGGUGACGAAUGAUCCUACUUCUUGCACUGGUUUUAGAGAAGUCAAUGCCAUUUUGACCGAGCUGAGGCAAAGUGCAGAAGGUUAUACAAAGAUGGUAAAUGAGCUAUGGGCUCAAAGUUCCAGAACAUCUAAUGUCAAUUGGCCUGACAUGACAGAACAUGAAAGGUGGAGAACUGAAAUAGGAACGAUGAUCGAAUAUCUGACUGAAGAUUUGACAGUUGAUCUUCAAGUGAAAAAUGAAGUUUCCGGUCUGAGGGCUAGAUGCCAGACUCAAUUCGAUGAGAUAACCCAAUUGAAAAAGCGUAAUUCAUCGAUCGAACCUUAUCGAGUAUUGCUCAACAGAGCAAAUGACCUGACUCGUUCGACUAUAUCUUCUUACCAAGGUAUUCUAAAUGGAACUUUAUUGGCUAAAGGCGGCGAGUUGGACUCUCAAUUUCGGGAAAUGGCUAAAUCGUACUCCGAAAUUAAUCAAAAUUCCUCAAAGAUCAACCAAGCUGUUCGUCUGGUGGCUCAACAAGGUCUCAAGGAAAGAUAUACCGACAUUUUUGGUGUCAAUGAUGAUUCGGAUACCGAUACUGAUAGUGAAUACGAAUACGGAAAUCGACAUCAUUAUGCUCAAGGCGAGACUUACGAAUUCCAACCUCAAGAACACGAGCUGAUAACGGAGAUAGAAAGCUGGACUCAAUCGAAAUCGAAUGUGCAAACUGCCGGAUUCCCAUCGGAAUUGAUGGAUCUCUUACCAAAGAAGUACAAAUCGCUGUUGACUUCUGGUCUAGCAUCUUCGAAAGGGGAUAUACCUGUAUACAAGGUAUUCAAGGCAUGA